AAAGAGCCGGGCCUCGGGGAGCAGCGUGGAAAGCAGCUCGCGCGCAAGCAGGUGCACGCUCCGCGUUCUCAUUGGCAGCAGCUGCUGCAGCCGGCGCCGGAGCCUCGCGGGUGUUUGGCUCUUUUCCCCUCCCACCCCUGCAGCCAGGUAGGAUGAGCGCGAGCAGUGGCGCGCGCCGCGAGUGUCUCCCCGUCCUCCUUCGCUAGCCGCCGAGGACAGUACGGCGGAGGCGGCUGGAGCAGCAGCCAAGAGUCGCGGUGUGCCCCGCUGGGAAAACGAAGGAGGCUCCAUGCAGGCGGGCGGCCCUCAGACCAUUUCAAUCCGGAUGCCCUUUGCGGAUGAAAGAUGUAUCAUGGAAUGAACCCGAACAGCGGGGAUCCGUUCCUAGAGCCACCGCCACCGCCGUUGCAGCGUUCCCAGUCUAAACUCUCCCUGGUGGUCUUGUGGUUCCAAUUGGCGCUGUGCUUUGGCCCUGCACAGAUCACAGGCGGUUUUGAUGAACUCCAUGCUUGUUCUGAUCCUGGAUUCCCCGAAUAUGGAUAUAAAAUACCCAGCACAGGUGUUUUCUUUGAAAGUUCAGUUGUCCGGUUUCAUUGCCAAGAAGGAUACCGGCUUAAGGGUCCAUCCAAAAAGCUUUGUGAGAGACAUUUUAAUGGCUCCCUAAGCUGGAAGCCAAGUGAUAAACCCGUGUGCCUACAAGAAGCUACAGAUUGCCUUGCUCCAACUGUUGAAGAUGCAGAGAUUCAGAACAAGACUUACAGGACUGGAGAUAAAUUAAUAAUCAGCUGUCAUGAAGGAUUCCAGAUCCAUUACUCUGAUUUAGACAACAUGGUGUCAGUAUGUCAAGAUGAUGGAACAUGGGAUAAUCUGCCCAUUUGCCAAGGUUGCCUGAGACCACUGCUGCUUCCUCAUAGUUUCAUUAAUAUAUCUGAGUCCGAGUCUUCCUUCCCAGUAGGAUCAAUGAUAUAUUUUCAGUGUUUUCCUGGAUAUAAACUAGAAGGGGCAGAGUUCCUUGAGUGCAUGUAUAAUCUAAUCUGGUCAGAUAGUCCACCUAGGUGCCUUGAUGUGGAAGUUUGUCCACUACCUCCUAUGGUGACUCAUGGAGAUUAUAUCUGCCAUCCGCGGCCUUGUGAACAUUACAAUCAUGGAACUGUGGUUGAGUUCUAUUGUGAUCCUGGCUACACUCUCAGUAACGAUUACAAAUAUAUCACCUGCCAGUAUGGAAAAUGGUUUCCAUCAUAUCAAGUAUAUUGUGUCAAAACAGAACAAGCCUGGCCAAAUAACCAGGAAACUCUCCUGCGAACAUGGAAGAUUGUGGCGUUCACUGCUACCAGUGUUCUUCUAAUGCUUCUAUUAGUCAUUCUUGCCAGAAUGUUCCAAACCAAAUUUAAGGCACAUUUCCUUCCAAGAGAUGCUCAAGAGAAUUGCAGCAAUGGCCCAGACUUUGUGGUGGUGGAUGGUGUUCCUGUCAUGCUUCCUUCUUAUGAUGAAGCUGUGAGUAGUGGCAUGAAUGAGUUGGCACCAGGAUGUGCGCCCCCUGCAGGCCAGGGAUAUAUUUUUCAAGCAGAUGAUCAGAAUCCUCCAGCUUAUACUGGACCAGAUGAUUUGAACAGGUUGCCAGCUGAAUUUGACACCUGUGACAGCAUUUCAGGCUCUUCGGAACUUCUUCAGAGUUUAUACACGUCUUCUGCAUGUCAGAUGGGAGCUCACCCUGUCUCAGAGAGAACUGAUGUUAUCAACAGCACCACUGACGAAGUAGCAUCAACCAGCCCAAGCAUUGAUAUUGCUGAUGAAAUACCAUUGAUGGAUGAAGACCCUUAAUCUGCACAAAUAUUUCUUGUACCUUGUUUGGGGCUGGGGAAAUAAAUCAUUUACAUAUGUAUACAUACAUAUCUAUAUAUCUAUGAAUCUCUAUAUAAAGACUGAUUAAAGAUGGAGGCAAGGAUAUUUUCUGUUUUUAUAAAUCUUCCACAUUAUAAUGGUCAUCAGAUUUUGUGCACAUAUCUUAAAUCAGCUUUGACGUUGAGAGCAUCAGCUAUUCAACAGCAGCUUUACAAAAUGAAUCCUGAGGAUUUGAUGAGACUAAACAUUACAGGAGAAUUAUAUGUUCGUGGAAUAGUGACAAGUGUAUCUGCAUCGCAGGAAGCUUUAACAGCUCUUUAGAAACACCAGUGAAAAGUAGACAAUGGCACAAGUGCAAGUUAUAAUAGAAGUACUUCAGAUAAUGUAAAUUCUGUUUUAUCAAAGCUGCUUCAUAUUUACGAUGGACCACAAUUUACAAAUUUAAUUUAUUGAGGGCAAAAUAAAAAGUUGAAAUUAAAAUCAAAAA